AUGGAGCGCGGCGGGGGCCGGCCCGGCGCCCCCCAAUACGUGCAUGUGCAGCUGCAGGGGGGCGCGCCCUGGGGCUUCACGCUGCGCGGCGGGCUGGAGCAUGGAGAGCCCCUCAUCGUCUCCAAGGUGGAGGACGGGGGCAAGGCUGCGCUGUCCCGGCGGCUGCAGCCAGGUGAUGAGCUGGUGAACAUCAGUGGGACACCACUGUACGGGUCCCGCCAGGAGGCCCUGAUCCUCAUCAAGGGCUCCUACCGCACCCUGAAGAUGAUCGUCCGCAGGAAGGAGAGGCAGGGCCAGGCUCUGUAGUCGUGUCCCCCUUCCUGACCUGCAUCCAUUCCCGCUGCAACCCGACUGGACUCCAGCUCCAACAACAGCCAGGGGCUGGGGCAGUGCAGGACAUUGUGUACAGGGCAGGGGGUGCCACGGGGCAGUGCUGGGGCUCAGCAUCAUCCAUGGAGGAGUGUGCCCGUCCUCCGGCCCCAUUCCUGGCACAUGGCCAAGCUUGCCGAAAGCCGCCCCGACGCCCCCACCAUGCACUGCCCCACUGAUGCCUUCAGCUUUUCCUGGCCCUCGGGAUGUGAUGUCAGCACUGACCGGAGCAGCUCCAUCGGGAGCAUGGAGAGCCUGGACCAGCCCAGCCAGGCCUACUAUGAAGGGGACCCCUCACCCAUUGACCAGGGCAUGUACCACAGCAAGCGGGACUCAGCCUACAGCUCCUUCUCUGCCAGCUCCAUUGCUUCUGACUGCGCCCUCCCCCUCCGCCCUGAGGAGGCCACAUCUGUUGACUCCAGCCUCCAAGGUCCCUGCAAGCCCCCCGAUGGGCGCUACCUGACCACGGGAGCUGAGCUGCCUGCCAGCCGGCACCCCGAGGCCUGGCGGGCACCUGUUCCCCCCCAACCCCCUAUCAGGAGGGAUAGCCUGCGGGCAGCCCCAGUUGGUGGAGGGGACAGGCGUCGGGCAUCAGUGUCAGUGGACAUGCUGCAUGCUAAGGGCCGGUGGAUCUCUGAUACCUUCCUCUGCCAGCGGGACAGGGAGGCAGAGGUGACGGGUGGGAGGACACCGGCACCAUACCCCAUGAAGGAUCAUCUCUCUGCUGACCAGUAUUACAUGCUGAGUUCCCACUCAGAGAGGUGCUUGGCUGAGCCUCUCCUGGUGGAGAGCACAGAUCCUGGCAACCAGCUGCACCUGGAUAGUAGUGUGCACAGAGUACCGGAUGCAGCAGCAGUAGGGGACAACCCACUGUUGUCCUCCCUCAAGGGCCAUACACCACACCGGCACAGUGCUCCUGAGCAGCUGCUGGCAUCCCAGCUUCGCUCCCUCCAGGUGGGCACCAGCAGUGGGAGAGCCUCACCGGCCCCUGAUGGGCACCACUGGACCCUCUCCCCACUGCAUCCUGAGGGCAGCCGGCCAGGGGCUGUAGGGGCCACCCAAGACUCCCAGCUCUGCCCAGAGCCGUGCUGCCGCUGCUGCCCUGAGCCACAGCGAGCCUGUGGGCAGGACACCCGGGUGGCCAGCCCAGCACAGGCCACCGAGGGUCCAGCGGAGGAGGAGAGCCGGGCAGGGGGCCGCCGGGCUGGUGGCCCUCCCCACCGCUCUGCUCAGAUGCGCCGCCGCAGCGACCGCUUUGCCACCAGCCUGCGCAAUGAGAUCCAGCGGCGCAAGGCUCAGCUGCAGAAGAGCCGGGGACCCGGCGCCCCACCACCGGGUGAGGAGCCAGUGGAGGAGGCCGAAGAGCCCCCUGAAAUCAGCGUGCCGAUGGAGGGCCCCCCUGCCCCGACUGAGCGUCUCAGCCCCGUGCCGAGCGAGGCUGGCAGGAACGCUGGCCACUCUGGAGAUCGGGGCAUCUCCACUCCCGACCCGCUGCCAGCCCCCAAAGGGCCUCCCUCCCCCGAGCAGGCGGCGCCGACAGGCCGGGGCCGCUGGCGUUGGUCCCCGGAGCGCAAGCUGCAGCCGCAGCGCUCGCCCAGCCCCAGCGAGCUGGGGGGCUACGGGCAGGGGCCGGUGGCCCGCGGCUCCCCGCCGCGGGGCAGUGAUGAGGCUGUGCUCCUGCCCUUCGCCGACCGCCGCCGGUUCUUCGAGGAAAGCAGCCGGCCACCGCCGCCCCGGCACGGCAAGCCCCCGGCAGCUGAUCCCGCUGCUUUCCAGGCCCCCGGCCCCGAGCGCCGGGACUCCCGCCGCCUCUCUGUGGACCAGCCCUACAGCCCCAACUCACCCAGCCGUCCUGGCUCUGCCGGCCCCUACACCGAGUGCUGCCGGGAGCAGCCCCCCUGCUACAAGCCGCUGGGAAGGCCAGGGGAGCUGGAGUACCUGCGAGGCUUCUCCUAUCCCUACGGCGUUCCCCUGCGCCCUGAAUCCUGCCACUACUGCGGGGGGGACCCGUGCCCCCUGCCGCUGCCCCGUGGCCACACCUGCCGGUGCUACCCCCAGCCCUGGGCGCGCUGCCCUGAAUGCUGCUGCCCAGCCCCUCGCCCUGGGCGGGAGGAGAGUGAUGCCUGGCCCCCCCGGAGAGCUUUCACCUCGGAAUUUCCUCUGGAUGAGUGGGAACCACCAGCAAUAACCAGGAAAGCCAGUCAGUCAGUCAGUGAGCUCUCCCACUACCAGUUGGGCUUCCCAAGGCUUGGCCCUUUCCACCCCUGCUUUGAGAGUGCUGAGACGGAGUGGCCACCUUGCUACCGGGCUACAUCAACGCAUGACCUGUCAUGGGAUGGCGACCGUGUGGUCCGCUCCCCUGAGAGCCCCCCGGAGCCCUUGAACCGCCCGCUGCGGGGCAGAGCCUUUUCCGAGAGCCACCUCAACCUGGAGCCUGCCAGCCCUAGGGGCCGCAGCCGAAGGGAUCUUACACAUGCCAAGCUGGACCCUCCUGGCGUCCCUAAAAAGAAAGGCCCUCCACCUCCCCGCCCACCACCUCCCAACUGGGAGAAGUACAGACAGCGCCGGAUGUCCCAGCGCCUGCCAGAUGGUUCCGGGAAUGUCUCUGCCUUCACCGCCACACCAGUGCCGUCCCGUGGCAUCGCUGAGGCUGUGCGUGAGCGGUCGCAGAGCCUUACUGGGGAGCAGGGAGGCUGGUCCCGGGGGCAUGCUGCUCGCCCUCAUGCCCUACCAGGUGCCUGGCCCCGACCUGAGCCCCCCGGAUCACUCCACAGGACACCCGAGCCUGAUGCUGGUAGCACUGAGAUUUGCAGGGCGAUGGGGACUGGGGAGGAGCGGACGAAGGUGAAGCACCCCUGGGAGAUGGAGGAGCAGCCCCAAAGGCUCAGCCGGAACCAGGAGAAGGGCUGGGUCAGUCCCCGCAGGGUGGGUGAGUGCUCCCUGCCCCUGCGUGGUGGCCCUGGCCCCACCACCCCAGAGGCACCCAAGCCCAGUCUUGGUGCAGCCGAGGGGUUGAGCUGCCAGGGUGGCCAGUCCCAUCCCCGACGUGUGGACUCAGAGGAGCUGCUGUGGGAUGUGGUGGGCAGGGACCAGUCCCUGGCUGGCAUCUUGGCCCCCUCGACCUCCCUUGGCCCCACCACUGAGGUGAUGGGUGAGCGGCAGGCCUGGCGGGAGUGCUUCCAGCAGGACUGGCGCCUGGAGAACCUGGCACAGGACAGGCAGGGUUUUGAGCCCAUCUCACCACCCCCCACAAGCACUGGCAGCUCCACCUCCUACCCAGCAUACUACAGCGCAGCAGCAGGCAAAGCCGAGCCACUUGGCAAGGUGAAGGAGCUGCCGGAGGUGGUGGAGGGGAGCUCAGAGGAUGAGGAUGAGGAGGCAGACCGUGAGCUGGUGGAAAAGAAGCUGCAGCUGAUUGAGAGCCUGAGCCGGAAGCUGGCAGUGCUGCAGGAGGCACAGCGGGGGCUGCAGGAGGACAUCAGCGCCAACGGGGCACUGGGCGAGGAUGUGGCUGCCCGUCUGCAAGCCCUUUGCACCCCAGGGGAGUUCGACAAGUACCGCCUCUUCGUGGGUGACCUGGACAAGGUGGUCAACCUCCUGCUCUCCCUCUCGGGGCGCUUGGCCCGGGUGGAGACUGCCCUGAGCAGCCUGGGGCCACAUGCACCUGCGGAGGACAAGGUGGCCCUGCGGGAGAAACAGCGGCUGCUGGUGGCACAGCUAGAGGACGCCAAAGAACUGAAGGAGCACGUGGGGCGGCGGGAGGAGGCGGUGGGUGCCAUGGUGGCACGGUACCUGCCCGCUGAGCACCUGCAGGACUACCGGCACUUCGUCAAGAUGAAGUCAGCCCUCAUCACUGAGCAGCGGGAGCUGGAGGAGAAGAUCAAGCUGGGCCAAGAGCAGCUCCGUUGCCUGCGCGAGAGCCUCGGCCAGGUCCCUAAGGGUUGCUAGCCCCUUGCCCAGCCUGUCCCAGGACCCUGGCCAUGACCCCAGCUUGCUGCCAAAGCGGAUGUGGCCUCUCAGGGACUCUCCCUGUGUCUGUCCGUCUGUCCUGCCUUUUAUUUAUUUUCCAGUUUACCAAGCAGAGGAGAAGGUGUGCCUAGUCCAGAGACUGGCACAAGGGGUCAUGCCACAGAGCUGUCCUGAGUUCUACAGCUACCCAGCACCCUGUAGUGCAGUGGGACCAGAUGGACAGAUCCUGCCACCCCCCACCCCCCUCCCUGAUCUUUCUGUGCCUACAGGGGUCCCAGCACAUUUUCCUAGACAGCCGUGCCUGUCCCACAGCUGGUGCUGCACCAUGUGCCUUCAACAUCCCCCUGGCUGCCCCAGGGCAACUCCACACAGUGUGUGGAAGGGUUAAACCAUCCUCACCUUCUGUCAAGUCUGUUUGUCCAACUCUGUCCGUCUGUCCAUAGGAGUUGGAGGAAUUUCAGCCCAUGGGAGCUAGAGGAAUUUCAGCCCCCUGCAUCCUGUUCCUCUCCAUUGUGUCCAAAACAAUGGCCCUGGCCAGCGGGUCCUUAACCCACUCCCUGCUGGCUAGAGGCUUCAUGGGGGGCCAAGGUGGGUGCUGUGCACUCCUGGGGACAUUGUAACGGAUGCCUCUGGAAUGGUGCCCUGCCAAGUGAUGUGCUGGGAUCAGUAGACUGGGAGCUGUGGGUACCCCCUGCCACUAGUGCUGUGGACAGGGGGACCACCCAGUCUCAUCCAGCCCUUGCCUCUAGGCUCUACCCCAUCACAAGGAGGGAUUAAUAGAGGAAAAAGCACACUAAGCAUGGAAUGGGGUAUCUGACCCCUUCCUCUGUGCUGCAGCAACCCCAAGUAGCACUUAGACUUCCCCUUGGGUCAGCCUCCCUGCUCUGCCUCUGUGUGUCUGUCAUGGAAUACACAGGUGCCUUGAUGUUGAUUUUGCACAGGGGUUUCGUGCAACCUGUAGCAGCCUGAGGUGGUGCAGGCAAGUAUUCUGGGGAGGUGGGGUGGGCCCCAAACGCUUUGGAGGUGGCCACAGUUGGACAGCCCAGCCCCAGGGUGCAGGCAGCACCCAUACCUGCUUACUCAGCACUGCAGCACUCUCCCCAGUGUGGCUGCUCACCCGAUGUGCCACCCUCAGCCUGUUGAACACUACACCCCACACCUUCCCAUCCCUACCCUGCAGUGGUGCCUGGCAGGAGCAGGGUGUUCUGUGUAAUCUCAGCUGCCACCAGGCCUCCACUGCACAAGGAUACUCUAGGACCAAACACUGCACCCACUGUGAGCUGACUGGCCGCCCUCAGCCUG